GACCCAAAAAACAGAUGAUACCAGAGAGAGAGAGAGAGAGAGAGAGAUGGAGACACACAGGUUACCAAAGGAAGAAGAACAACAUGACUCUGAAGCCUCAACAUUAAUCAAUUCGAACGAGCUCUCCGGCGACAAUUUACGAUCCUGCCCCUCCGGAGACACCGAUGCAACAGAAGACCUCGAGGGCAUUUUUGGAAUCACCGACGAGGACAAUUUCUCCGGCGGCGACCUCUGCUCUCAUGGAUUCACCUGGGACUUCUGGGCUGAAGCAGAAGCAGAGGAAGAAGACGAAGAAGAAGGAGGACAAGAAGAAGAGGAAGAAACAAGAGCGAGGAAAGAUUCGAACUUGGGAUCUUGGGACAGUGCGAUUCAGGAUUACGAAGAGAAACAGUUCUGUCUGAAGCUGAACCUGAACUAUCAAGAAGUGAUUGAUGCAUGGUCUGAACGCCAGUCCCAUCUCUGGACUGACGCUUCAUCAGCUCCCACCCACGGCUUCUACGCAGGAGAAGUUCCGGUGAUGGAGGAAGAGAGGAACACGAGGAGAGAAGCCAGUGUUCUUAGGUACAAAGAGAAACGCCAAAACAGGCUCUUCUCUAAGAAGAUAAGGUACCAAGUUCGCAAACUCAACGCCGACAAUCGGCCUCGCCUCAAGGGCCGGUUUGUGAAGAGAGAGUGAUUGGGGAAAAAUAUCUCAUGGAAAUAUCUCAGCCCUCUCAUGAAACGCUUUUUGAGAUAUUAAUAUUUGACUUUUUUUUUUCCCGACCACAUGCUUUUGUUGGUUCGUUCCUCUCAAAGGGACAACAAACGAAAAUAUCUAAGCACAAGAUUUCAAUA